GCCAUCUGCCGCAGUCAGUUAGAUCCAACGGGAUUGGAAAAUGGAGGAUUGACAGAAAUGAGGGCAUAGCGUCGGUAUUUCUAACAUGUAGAACCUUCAACCUGACACUGACGAUAAUUAAUCUGAUGUCCUUUCGCUUGACAAGUCACUACUGACGUGCAGGCUCUCGAGAAGCAGAAAGCGGACUAAAGCGACUGUUUCAAAUGACUUUGAGAGUCUGGCUACAGAGUUGCUAAAGCAACCAGCUGCAGCACUGAAGGCCGCAACGUGAAGUAAAAAAACCCAAAACAUUCAAACUUCCUGUUGGUCCACUGCAGCAGAGCACAAUGCCAGUGGAGGCAACGACAGACAGUCCUGAGAGCCGCUGUCCGGUGCGGCGCAGCGGACGGCAGCCCAAACGGACGGACAAACUGGAGGAGUUUCUCAUGACGACAAAGCGGGGCUCUAGGAAAAGCGCUCCUCCGAGUGUUGAAAGCGGAGAUCCUCCUUCCCAAACGCCAACCGACGCCGAAACUGCGUCCGAAGCCAGUUUUGAUGGGAACGCCGAGUCCAGGGCGGCGGAUGACAAAGCGGAGUCUCCGGAGAGGAGGACAAGAAGCAGCACCAGGAAGCAGGCGCAGAAGAAAACCCAAGGAGGCCGGCAGACGAGAUCCUCAGGGAGAUCUGCGGUCAAGGACGAGGAGAGCUCUGAGAAUGAGGAAGACGGUAAAGAUGAAGGUCAGUCACAAUAUAACAGCGAGGAGACAAAAGACGCCAAACUAGAUCGCGCUAAGGCCACUGAGGGUGCCGAGAAGAAGCUUUCUGAGGAGACGAAUGAACCUGAAGGCGAAACAGAAAAGGAGACCGAUGACGAGGACGCAGACACGCCUGCAGUAAUGACUCGCAGACCAGUCCGGACUUACGUCAAUAAAACAAAGGUAGCUAAGAAGAGCCCCACACCGGCGAAAGCUCCUGCAGCUCUGAGCAGAAACACGGCUCCCGUGAAGAAGGAAACAAAACCCAAAGCAGUCGGGAAGAUGAGCAAGCAUGAGAUGACGGAGGAGGAGGAGGAAGAUGAUGACGAUGAUGAUGAGUCCUUCACUUCUUCGUCUUCAUCUGCGUCUUCAGAUGAGGAGUCUGAUGAUGGAGGCUAUGACCCCAACGCGCUGUACUGUAUCUGUCGGCAGAAACACAACAAACGGUUUAUGAUCUGCUGCGACCGCUGCGAGGAGUGGUUCCACGGCGACUGCGUUGGCAUCACCGAGGCCCGUGGGCGUCUGAUGGAGAGAAACGGAGAAGACUACAUCUGCCCCAACUGCACCGCGAAGAAGAACCAGGUGGUCCGGCCCGCCAUGGCCGUUCUCCCCACCAGCGCAGAGGCGAACAAACCCAGAGCAGACGUCUCUGCUCAGGUUACCGCCUCGGCUUCCUCUGCAUCUGCUGAGAAACUGUCAGCCGGGCUAAAUCCAUCAGCUUUUCAGGGGGCGGCUCCGCUUUCCACAGCGAGCGGGGCGGAAGAUCAGGGCAUCAAAGGCAGGAUAGAGAAAGCGACUAAUCCAUCUGGGAAGAAGAAGAUAAAAAUCUUCCAGCCGGCUAUGCAUCAGCCAGCCCAGCCCAAAGCAGACCAAAAGGCGGCGGCGGCGGCUGUGGAGCCGAAGGUCCCGUCGACAGCAGAGCAGAAAGCCCCACCAGAACCAGAGCAGAGGGUGGAGACGAUAGUCGAGGUGAACACCACGCCGGCAGAGGAGGCGGCGGCCAAGCAGAGGGCGGAGGAUGACUCCUCCCUGCCUAAAUGCAUCGGCCCCGGCUGCGACAGCAUCGCCCAGCCGGACUCCGUGUACUGCGGCAACGACUGCAUCUUGAAGCACGCCGCUGCUGCCAUGAAGUCCAUCACUGACGUCAAAGAGCCCAAGCAGAAGGACAAGAGCAUGCCUCAGAAAAACAAGUCCACAGCAAAGAAGGCUGGAGCCGGCGGGAAGGCGCAGAAGAAGACCCAGAGGGCGUCGGACAGCGACGAAGACUUCAGCCCCGACCUGGACGAGGACGACGAAGACGAAUACGCAGAGGAGCAGCGGCCUCCGCCGUCCACUGCCUCCUGGUCCAGUGACCAUAAUUACAUUGCAGUAACACCAGAAAAGACUACACCCAUAUCACCAACAGUGUUAAACAAAAAGUCUCCUCCCAAAGAAGAGAAGAGUGAGAAGGAGCGGAGCCCGUCGCCUGAGAAACCCACCAGAAUAUCCUCAAAUCUACGCAAAGGAAAGAAGAAGUCCCCUCCACAAAAAUCCACUGCGCUUUCAUCGAAGAGCAAGAAGUCUUCUCCGCAGGCGAGCAGCUCCAAGGUCUCCAAGAAACACGCGACCACCCCAACCAAAACCACGGAGAAGUCCAAGAAACCCGGCCAGGCGCCAGCCCACAACCCAUCUCCAUUCCCCGCAGGUCCAAUUCACGUCACAGGGGCCCUCAGAGUCACCAAGUCGAACUUCACCAUUCCUAAGAAGCAACCUCAACAGAGAGACUCCCCUUCCCAGAGUCAGCCAGACUCCUCUUCCUCCUCCCGAGUCCCGUCCUCUCCAGCAUCUUCCACUUCAUCCAGCCGCUCAUCGUCUUCCAGGCAUUCCCAUCCACCUGGAUCAUCCUCCCACUCGUCCCCCGCGAGACCACCAGCCAACAACCAGAUGAGGCAGAACAUCCGGCGCUCGCUCACCGACAUUCUCUUCAAAAGGGUGAGCGACAGCGAUGACCUGAAGAUGACAGAAAGUGAGGUGGGGAAACUCGCAUACGGCAUCGAGAAGGAGAUGUUCAACCUGUGCCUGAGUACUGACAGCAAAUACAAGAACAAGUACCGGACCCUGAUGUUCAACCUGAAGGACCCGAAAAACAAAGGUUUGUUCUACAGGGUGAUUGGUGGACAAGUUACUCCCUUCAGACUGGUGAGACUAAGUGCUGAAGAGCUGCUCUCCAAAGAAAUAUCCGAGUGGAGAAGGUCUGAAAGCUCAGAGGGUCACUCUCGGGGCCGUUCGGGGCAUUCCAGACAUGGAAGCAGGCACAACACGGGCUCCCACAGCGUAGACAUGGACGAUGCUCCCCCAUCCGAUGCAGAUGUAUGUAUGUCCACUACGGCACCACCGUCUUCUCGCUUGGGUUCUGCGGCAGACCAAGAAGAGGCUUGCUCAACUCCCUCAGUGUCCGCCCAGCCCUCUGCUGACGGCAACACUGGCAGCAACAUGGCGGAUGUUUUCAGCAGCAUGCUUAAAGACACAACUUCUGAACACAAGACUCAUCUGUUUGACCUCAACUGUAAAAUAUGCACAGGUCAAAAGACUGAAGAUGAACUUGCAUCCAAAAAGUCCAGAGUCUCCAAUUCCUUAACGUCCCAUCCGGCCGUUGCUCCACCCUACCACUCCAGCGCGGGACCGGUCGUUCUAGAAACUGCGGCGCAGCUCUACCAGGAGGAUCCGAACACGAUGGUGCCUCCCGCUCCAACCCUUCCGCUCCUCGCCCCCGCCGUCUCGUCCGUCAGCAUCUCUCGUAGAGACCCUCGCGUGGCCCGCCACGGCUCCGCCGCGAGCGUCGCGCCGGCGGCCAUCGAAAAACCCACCGGUAACACGGCAGAGCCCGUCCUGGCUCCCAUCACAGCUUCUGUUGCUGCUCCGAUGGACGCCGGAGUUAAAGUACCGCUGCCACUUCCGCUGCCUCCAGCGCCGCCUCCAGUAGUGGCGACGUCCAAAUUUACGAAAAAGAGCUCAGCUGAACCUCCUCCUGAGGGGGAAACGGCAAUCUUCUUGUACGGUCAGGAGACAAUAUGGAAAGGCUUCGUCAACAUGCAGUCAGUUGCUAAGUUUGUGACCAAAGCUUAUCUGGUGUCAGGCUCCUUUGAACACCUGAAAGAGGAUCUACCCGACACCAUCCACAUCGGAGGCAGGAUAUCUCCCAGCACCGUCUGGGACUAUGUUGGGAAGCUGAAAACGUCGCUCUCCAAGGAGCUGUGUCUGAUCCGUUUCCAGCCAGCCACAGAGGAAGAAGAGGUAGCAUAUGUGUCUCUCUUCUCUUACUUCAGCAGCAGAAAGAAAUUUGGCGUGGUAGCCAACAACAACCGGCGCAUCAAAGACCUCUAUCUCAUCCCACUCGGCUCAAAAGACCCUUUGCCCUCUAGGCUAUUACCGUUUGACGGGCCAGGACUCGAGCCAGCUCGUCCCAACCUCCUCCUGGGAUUGCUGAUCUGCCAGAAGGACCGAAAGCGAGCCGGUGCGCCGCUCGAACCGGAGGACAAACGCUCCAAACUUCAAACCAAAGACGCAGAUGAAACAGGACUCCCAAAACCCGCUCCCGCAGUCAAGGCAGAGAGAAGCGCACGGCAGAGUCUUGAAAUCCCCUUCAGCACGACUCCUCCAGGUUCACCUCCAUCUAACUCUUCGGAGACUCCCGGCAGCACCACCGCAAACACCGCCGUUUCAGUCCUUUCCUUGUUAUCGGCCGUCAGUGCUCCAGUUGCAUCUGCUACCCUGGGCAAGGAUUCCACAUCCGGAAGCUCUGCUGCCGCCUCUGGAUCAGCCGCCACGCCUCUUCAAACCAUUCUCAACACGAUCUUUCGGAACAAAAAGCUGGACUCAGACGCUUCCAACUCUCCAUCCGAUCAAACCAGGGAACUUCCUGCCACCGCUACAAUGUUGGACCCCAUUGUCCAACAGUUUACCCAAAAUCCAAGAGAGACACCGGAAGAGGAAGAUGAAGACGACAGACCGUAUGAUCCAGAAGAAGAGUACGACCCGAGUCUGGUCUUUAAUGUGACCAAGAAGGCUGCUGACGAGCUAAUCAAACCUGAGGUCAGUAAGCCGACUGAGGCGGAAGCAGCUGAAACUGACGACGUGGAGUACGAUCCUGAAGAUGAUUCGAUUUUUGAUGAUGUAAAAACUGUGACACCGGCACAAACUAAGCCGGUAGCUGAAAAUGUGCCUGACGCAAAAAUGAUCCUGGAAAAUCUUCGAAGAAUUGGAGAUCAAGCGCUGCAGAAACAGGCAGAACAGCAGACGUUGUCCACAGAGGCAGCCGCCGCCGCAGCUUUGUUGCUUCCAAACACACUUGCCAGCAGUCACCUGCUCCAACUUGGCAAGAAAGUUGAAGAACUAGUCAAGUCGUCAACGGUUGCUCCGCUUAUCAACCAGAGAAGAGAUCCAAGACAGAGCAGGGAUCCUCGGCAGUCUGUGGGUGAACAGAAACAAUCUGAACCGGAACAGAGAGAGGAGCCGUCUCCUCCUACGUCAACCGAACCUUCUCCUACCUCUGCACCUCUGGCACAAGAGCAAUCUCCGCCUAAUGCAGAAGAACAUGCUGAUGCCUCACAAGGUGCAGAGACCUCACUGGCCCAGGAGGAGGAAAAAAGUGAGGCGGCGCUGCCUUUCAUGGACUCAGACAACGAAGAGGUUUUGAUUCCUUUACUGGGAGAGGAGGUGGAACAUAAUAUGGAGGUGAGCUACAUGACCGAUAGGAAAAGGAAAAGAGACGAAGACGACAAAGAGGAAACUGAAGUGGACAAAUACAGCAUUUGGCCAAAUGCUGCCAGCAUCUUAAAAGCUGGAGAUGAUUUAAAGUACGAGGAAAACAGCCAAGAUGUCCCACCUUCGCGGUAUCGCAGAGAGUCUGCAGACAUCUCCACGGUGACGUCCGAUCCAGUACUCACUCAAAGCACAGUGUCCGACGCUCACUCGCAUCACAUGCCACACUACUUGGCCUCCUUCGACAGCGAGUACCGACCGCCAAUCGAUGUCCCACCACAGUCCAGCUUCGUCCCUCCCCACCCCAUGCAAGGCCAGAACCUGAUCAUGAGGCCUCCGCCACAGUCCAUGCUGCAACCCAUGCAAGGUCCUCCUCUAAUGUCCGGUCCUCCUUCGAUGCAGGGGCCUCCCCCAGCUAUCCACGUUCCUCCCUCUGUUCAUGCUCCUCCCCCACGUCAAGUGGACGGCAGUCAGCAGUACGGCCCCACUCCGACAUCCUACCCUCCCUAUCAAAACCAGAACCAGUGGCAGAACAACCAACAGCAGCAGCCGCCUCCCGGACCACCGAUACAGAACAUCCUGCCGCCUCGGGGACCCCCUCUUCAAUUCCCUCCAGUUUCUCAGAGAGCACCCCCUCCACAAAUAUUUGAUCCCUCCAUGACCCCUCAACACAUUGGACUACAAGGCCCACCUCCAAACAUUCACCCACCUCCAAGCUUUGAAGGACAGAACAACUUGCCGCCACCGAGAUUCUCUAGUCCUCUACCUCCUUUUAAUUUCCCUGCUAACAGAGGUCCUCCUCCAUCUUUCUCAGGACCCCCACCAUCUGCUCACUUUGAUAACAGGCACCCUCCACCUGCUCUCUUCCCAGGCCCCAGGGGUCCCCCACCAAAUCAGCAUUACAACAAAGACACUCCCAGUAACUCCUUCAAUCCCAGUAUGGACCAGAAUCCAAAUCCUCCCCAAUAUUUUAAAGAGAAUCUUGGUCCUCCAGCACCUUCCGCUUAUCGUGGACCUCCGCCCGACCAGUACGAGGACCGGAGAGGCCUGCCUCCUAGCGCGGAGUUGAGUGGACAGCUCUUCCAACCACAUAACCAGUACGGCGGUCCAAGGCCACCGCCAUCUUCACCGCUAGAGAGACGGUCUUUCGAUGAACCCCGGGGACUCCCGGCUCAGGAAAAUCGGCCGCAUCUUUCUCAGAUUUCAGAACGCUACCGUUUCGAUUGGCAUUCAGACGAUCCCAGACCUGUUCGCCACGGCGUGCCGCUUCUGCCGCCAUCUGUAGACGGACUACACGGCCCUCCCAGUCGCCACGGAGGCCAAAGUCCAGACCUGCCGAGGGAGGACCACUGGCGGCGUCUUUCUCCGGAAAUGAGGAGGAGGAGUGCCACCCAUGAUGAUUUAGAGCCUCGCUCCACAGAACGUGCAGAACGUUUAGAACGCGGAGAGCGUUUGAGUCGCUUUGACGUACCACACAGAGAACUCAGUUCUGGCUCUGCACAGUCCUUAGAGGAGAGGCAGAGAGAACUCUCUGAAGACCACAGGAGGGAGAGAGAGAAGGAAAGUCCUCAUGGUGGCAGACCCCCCUGGGAUAGGGGGACAGGCAAGCGCUGGAGUCGGGAACAAGAGUGGGAUCGAGGAAGGGAGAGGGAGCGGGAACCAGAGCGUGGAAGAGAAGGAGAGCGCAGCAGGGGGAGGGACAGUGAGAAGACCAGAGACACAGAGGGAGAGAGACACAGGGAUCAAGACUCUGAGAAGAGGAGGGAGAGAGACAGGGAGAAAGAACGGGAGAGAGACAGGGACAAGGAGAGAGACAGGCCUCGGGAAUCCGACCGGAGAGACUACGACCGCGACAGAGCGAGGAACCGAGACAGGGACAGGGACAGAGACAGGGAGCGGGAACGAGACCGAAGACGAGAUCGAUCGAGAAGCAGAGACCGCGACCGUGGAAAAGACCGGGGAAGAGAGAGGGAACGAGAAAAAGAGCGCGACAGAGAGCGGGACCGGGAUCGCGAAAGAGAGAGAGAUCGAGAUCGUGACCGAGAUCAAGACAAGAGGAGCAAAGAAAAGAAAGAGGACAAGAGAGAGAGCAAACGCGACUCAUCCAAGGAGAAGACUAAGAGUACAGACAAUGACAAGCCCUCUUCCUAGACUCUUAUUUUAUAGACUCUACAUCUUUCUUGCUCCUAAAUCGUCAUCCAAACAUCACUGUAAAUGUGUAUGAGCAGUAUUUUGUUGAAUUUCCACUUUCAAACGGUUCUCUGGAAAAAGCUCUACAGUGUUUGUACUCUUUGUCACCUUAAGAUUUCUACGUUUGUGUUUUUUAUUCCCUCGAGUUACUUGAGUGCAACACAUUGUGAAGGCUUCCAGUCCUGACAAAUGUACUUUUCUCUGGUUGCAAUGUGUUGAUUUUUUUUUUGUUUUUUUCUGAGUAAAACUAAAUAAUGUAACUGAUUAACACACCAUUUACAAAGUGUAAAUAUGCACAUAUUUCUGUAUAUACUGAUGUUUUUAUCCAGACUUUUCUAAGUGCAGAAAAUAAAAGCCAUAUAUAAGAGGUGGAUAAUGUGAAGCUUAAGGCAGCGCUCUGGACUCGUGUCCGGAUACUUUGAACUAGGCUUUUUAUCGACAGUGUACAUCCCAUAGUGUUGAGAAAAAUGUUCUGUUUGUCUCGGCUCAACCGAUUAAAAAAUGUCUCCUAAAGUUUA